AUGAACACUGAUUUUACUCGCCUUUUGGGUCUAAGGACACCCAUUGUUUCUGCGCCUAUGGCAGGUGCCAGUGGCGGCAACCUAGCUGCGCAAGUAUCCCUAGGUGGCGGCUUUGGUUUCAUCGCAGCAGGCUAUGAUACGCCUCACAAAUUUGGCCAUGAAUUAGCACUGGCUCGGGCAGCAUUGCAAAUACCCGCCGCAACUCGGUUACCCCUUGGUGUCGGUUUCCUAUGCUGGCAGCUCGAAAAGCCAGAUUCACCUGCAUCUAAAUUGCUGUCAAUUGCCCUGGAGAAUGGCGUGCAGGCUGUAUGUUUUUCAUUUGGUACUCAGCUCGGGCGAUGGGUGCAAUAUGUCCGCGACUACGAUCAAAGAGUCGGCUCUACCCAGCGGACACUGGUAUUCGCACAAGUCUCUUCCGAACAAGAUAUCUUGGCUGCUGUGAAUGAUUGGAAAGUCGAUGUCUUGGUGGUGCAAGGUAACGAAUCUGGGGGCCAUGGCUUUUCGAAUGCUGCUCCUACGGCGUCGCUUGUCCUCAAGGCCCUUCCCUUGGCACGCGCCGCAGGCAUACCACUACUAGCCGCGGGAGGCCUGGCUACUGGCGCACACGUUGCAUCUAUGCUGGCUCUUGGAGCUUCUGGCGCUGUUCUCGGGACACGCUUUCUACUAACUCCAGAGAGCUUGUACACGGACAAGCAACGGCAGGCGCUCCUCGACGCCUCAGACUCUUCAACUGUACGUACUAUGGCUUUCGACGUCGCUAGAGGCACUCUUGGUUGGCCGGAAGGUGUGGAUGGUAGAGCACUUCGUAACUCAACAGUUGUCGAUCAUGAGAACGGCCGCAAUGAGAGAGAACUGAAGGAAUUGUUCGCGAAAGCCCAAGUGGAAGGUGAUCGCGAGCGCAUGCUUGUUUGGGCAGGCACUGGGGUAGGGGCUAUGAACUCCAUCAAACCCGCUAAAGAGGUCGUGGAAGAAUUGCACAACGAAUGUGUGGAGCAUCUGCAGAUGGGGCCUCGGUUAUGA